AUGGUGGCCAAGGAAAGACACGUCUUGGGCGACGGAUGGAGAUGCAGGCCAGGGGAUAAUAUUCCAGAAUCUGUUGAUCCUGGAACAUGGACAAAUGCGCAACCAUUGCCAACGUCAAUUCACCUCGACCUUCUUGCCGAUGACAAGAUCCCGGAUCCGUUUCCCGCGAAGAAUGAAGAGCUGGUGCAAUGGGUCGGUAACAAGACCUGGAUCUAUGAGAAGCGAUUCACCACUCCGCGAGGCCUGUCUGAGAACCCAGAUCAGAGAAUCUUCCUUGUAUUCGAAGGCCUGGACACCUACACGACGAUCAGCCUGGAUGGGAAAACAAUCCUAGAGACCAACAACAUGUUUGUGGGCUACCGCGUGGAAGUGACCGAGAAACUGCGUCCUGUUCCAAAAUCGGCAAAUCAAGAUGAUACACACAUCUUGCAAAUUACAUUCCACAAUGUUGAGGAGAAAGCUGUGGAGGAAAUGAAUGCCCAUCCAGAGCAUAGUUGGUUUAGUUUCCAUUUUGGCAGCAAACGUCUGGCCGUGAGAAAGGCUCAAUAUCAUUUUGGUUGGGACUGGGGUCCGGUCCUCAAAGAUUGUGGUCCCUGGAAACCGAUUUAUCUUGAGGUCUAUCAAUCACGGGCAACUGAUCUCUCGAUCGCAACAAAUAUUAGCCCCGAUCACAAGGAAGCGACACUUGAAGUUGCACUCAGUAUUGACGGCAAGGCUGACAGUGCGAAAAUUGAGAUCGAAUGCGAAGGUAUCAACGUUGAGUCACGCAUCAUCGAUAUCUCCAGUAAAUGUACAGCAGCCACAAUUCGGGUACACAGCCCAAAGCUCUGGUGGCCCUGGACGCUCGGAGAACAAAAUCUAUACACUAUAAAAGCCACACUGUUCAACCGAGAUGAUAAGGGUAAAGAAAUUGUUCUAGACACCAUUCGAAAGAGAUUUGGUAUCCGAAAGAUCGAGCUUGUCCAACAGCCCUUGCUUGACGCUGAAGGAUCCAGUUUUUUCUUCCGGGUCAAUGGUGUACCUCUCUUCGCCGCUGGCUCGUGUUGGGUGCCUGCUGAUUCAUUUGUGACUCGUGCAACAUCGGAGAAGUAUCGUAAGUGGAUACAAUUGGCGAAAGACUCUAAUCAAGCUAUGAUUCGCAUCUGGGGUGGAGGUAUAUACGAGCACGACGCAUUUUUCGAUGCCUGCGACGAACUUGGCAUUCUGGUCUGGCAUGAUUUUAUGUUCGCAUGUGGCAUCUACCCUGCUUAUCCGUCUUAUGAAGAGAAUGUAAUGACAGAGGCACGACAGAAUAUCAUACGGCUACGACACCAUCCAUGUAUCGCAGUGUGGUGUGGUAACAAUGAAGACUAUGCCAUUGCAUAUCUAGCUCAAGCACACCGUGGCGCAGCCAUUCACGACCCGGCGGAAAUGGAAGUCGAAAAAAUCAAGGAAUCUGGAUUCCCUGGGCGUUUAUUCUACGAGAUUCGCUUGCCAGCUUUGUGCAAGGAACUGAUACCGGAAAUUCCAUACUGGCCAGGCUCUCCCUAUGGAGGAUCAUUCUGCAACGCAGCAACAGAGGGAGAUAUCCAUCAGUGGCAUGUCUGGCACCUCGACAAAUUUCCUUACCAGGACUACCCACGACUCGGCGGCCGAAUGGUCACAGAGUUCGGGCUGCAGUCUGUUCCGCACUGGAGGACAGUGAAGCAAUACUAUCCUUCCAAAAUUUUCUCACUCGACGAUGUCCGAGACUAUGGGUCUGAUGAGUUCAUGGAAUGGCACAAUAAAGGGCGGGACGGAGCCAAUAACAUCGCCAAAUAUGGAACAGACAAUAUCCAUUUCGAUGGCAGCACUCUCCGAGGGUACACAUACUGCUCGCAAUUGAUCCAAUCCGAAGGAGUAGCAACAGCGUUCCGAUCCUGGAGACGCAUGUGGAAAGGUCCAGGGCAGGAAUACUGCGGAGGUGCUCUAGUUUGGCAGUUAAAUGACUGUUGGCCCGUAUCAUCGUGGUCAAUCGCCGAUUGUGACUACCGUCCGAAGAUGGCAUAUUGGGCCAUCAAGCGCGAGAACCGCCCUAUCACUGUCAGUCUAGCUCGCAUGGUGAACAAUGAUCUGCUCGAGUUAGAAGCAUGGGCUUGCAAUAUGACAUUGCAUUCGGUACCAGUGAGCUACCGAAUCCAAGCCUGGGAUGUGCGGACAGGACGACAUGUUUGGAGCCACAUAGUAUCAGUUAAAACCGACCUGGCUCCGAACAGAUCCACAGAACUUGGAAGAAUUCAAUUUGGCUCUGUGCUCAUUGACGAAGGCGAAACCAAAUGGAGCCAUCUGGUCUUUACAAUUCAUUUGCUCUCUUCGCCGGAAAAUUUGUUGAGAGCAAGCCCAGUCGUUGAAGAAGAGACGAUUGCCCAUCAUACAUCGUUCCACGAACCAUUAAAGGAAAUUCCAUUUGGUACUCAAGAAGAUAGAGUCUCAGUAAUGCUUGUUCAGCAUGAAUCGACUUCUAUCAUUGAGCUCCGUACAACAGUCCCGACCAAAGGCGUCUACCUUGAUUUCGAAUACGAACAGUCAGCUGAGUGGGACGAUAACGGAGUGGACUUGAUGCCAGGGGAAGUCUUUAGAUUGCGCGUGACUGGGCUUGAGGACAAAAACGAGCAUAUACUGAGGGUCUACUGGUUGGGGGAGGAUGGCUGGCAGAGCCAACUAGUUUUUGUAUGA